AGUAAUCGGCAGGGAGCAGCCGGGAAAUGUACACGGUACAAUUUAACAUAUUCCUAUAUUCCUAUAUUCAACGAAUGCAUCCACGCCCGCCCACAAGACAAACAUGGCGACCUGCAUUGGUAUGGUUGCUAGAGUUCGUGGUGUUACAUUGAAUGUGCUAAAACCGGUAGCUAGACACUAUUCAAGGCAGAGGACAAACGUGUUCAUCCCACACCGCUUUUCGCAUGGAGCCCGGAGCAGUUUGUAUGAGCAUGUCUGUGAAGGCUACAGUGAUAAGCCCGAGCUGGAUAUGAGAGCAGUGUGUGAGGAGACAGACAAAGUCAUAACGAAUGUAGAGAACAGGAAGGGCGAGCUGCGAGGGGACGAUGUCAGGAAAAUUGUAUAUGUGUGGCAAGAGCUUCAGGCAGUGAGGAUGGAAAUCGCUGAGCUGGAGAAGCAGAAGAGACACAUUGCUGACACAGUUAAAGCACUAGUGGCCAAGGAAGACAAGAAAACUCUUACCAAUCUUCCAGAGUACACCCAGGCUCUGCAGAAAGGGCGAGAGAUCCGCAACAGGCUGAAUCAGAUCUACCUCAAAGAGACUGAGCUGGAUGAAGAACACUAUAGACGAGCUCUCAGACUGCCCAACACCACACACCCUGAUGUGCCAAUUGGAGAUGAGACCCAGGCGAGGGUGGUGGAGCUGGUCGGCAAGAAGCCAGAGUUUGACUUCAAGCCCAAAGGUCACAUAGAGCUGGGGGAGGAGUUGGAUCUCAUCAGGCAGAGGCAUCUGUCUCAUGUUUCGGGCCACAGGUCAUACUAUCUGAGGGGAGCAGGGGCCAGACUUCAGACUGCGCUCCAAAACUUUGCCCUUGACACACUGCAGCAACGGGGCUUCAUUCCUAUGGUUGUACCCGACAUGCUGAAGGGAGCAGUGUUUGAGGGUUGUGGGAUGCAGCCCAAUGCCCAUCGCUCUCAGGUCUACUCCCUGGAUCCGGCCUGUUUCCCAGACCUCAACCUGGCUGGCACCGGAGAGGUUGGCAUUGCAGGCUAUUUCAUGGAUCAUGCGGUAAACUGGAAGGACUUGCCUGUAAAGACGGUAUGCAGCAGCACCUGCUACAGAGCAGAGACGGACGCUGGCAGAGAGGCAUGGGGCCUCUACAGAGUUCAUCACUUCAACAAGGUAGAGAUGUUUGGAGUGACAGCGGAUGAAACAGGGGAGGAAAGCGCUUGGCUCCUGGAGGAGUUUGUUGCGUUGCAAAAAAAGAUGUUCUCUGCACUAGAACUACACUACAGAGUGUUGGACAUGCCAUCUCAGGAACUGGGCCUUCCUGCUCACAGGAAGUAUGACAUUGAAGCCUGGAUGCCUGGGAGGGACAGCUAUGGAGAGAUUUCGAGUGGGUCCAAUUGUACCGACUACCAGAGCAGACGCCUCAACAUCCUGUAUGAGAGAGAGGACGGCAGCCUGCAGUACGCCCACACAGUGAAUGCUACAGCAUGUGCCAUCCCUCGAACCAUCAUUGCUCUCUUGGAGACUCACCAGACCAAAGAGGGAACAGUACGUGUACCUCAAGCCCUGCAGCCUUAUUUGGGUCUAGAAGUGAUUGAGAAGCCAAAGUACAUUCCUGUGAAAUACAUCGGACCCAACCAACACAGUCGGCCACCCAGGCCCGCACCCAAGACCAGAUGACACUGGUAUAAAUGUAGUGCUCUGGCCCCAGCCAACGUCCACAGACACCUGAGGUGGGACAGGAAGCGGAUAGUUAAAUAAUAUUCAUAUACCAUUGUUGUAUAUCCGUUUACAAGUUGUUACAGAUCUCUGAUGUUCUUUACAUUAAAGAGAUAGUCUGACUUUUUGAGUUGAGCAUGAAUUGAAUGCACCACUGUUGUAUGGUGAUGGAUCAGACAUCAUCCAACCAUCCAUGACCUGGAUGAACAAGAAUCUCCACUGACUCAGGCAAUUUACUAUCAUUGU